UCAUAGCCUGUACAACAUGGCUGUAUCAAGGAGCGUGCGGCUGGACAUUAACAGUCCGAGUGAAGAACCCGUUACGUUGAUGGACAAAUUACGUCAGCAUUACGAACUAAAGAAGCGAGACGGACAAAGAUCCCGCUAUAUGAUGUAUGUGUUCUGGGGUCUGUGGACAUUCCAAGCACCCACGCAGUGGUACAUAGCUCGCCAGUAUCUUUUUCCUUACCUCCUUCAUGAUUUCACAGACCAGACACAGCACUUCAUGGAAUCCCUUUAUCUCUUUUGUAUUGUAGAAGCUCUUCUUAACCUGUUCUGUAGCUCCAUUUUUAAUUCAAUUUACGUGAAAACAAGAGACACUACUGGGGAUCACAGCAGCAGAGACCCCGGUAAGAGUUCUGAGCCGGUUCUACACCUGAACGGGCACCUGCCGGAUGAUGGGGGACUCCCGUGGCGAUACUGUGAUAAAUGUGAUAUAAUGAUCCCGCCACGAGCUCACCACUGUAAAAUCUGUAAUGUGUGUAUACUGAAGAGGGACCAUCAUUGUUUUGUAUUAGGGAAAUGUAUAGGCCAUUACAACCAGCGAUAUUUUGUGGUAUUAACGUUUUACGCCACUAUCGUAGGGCUGGGAGGUGUGAUACUGACCAUCUCCUAUCUCCGUCUGUUCUACUGGCCGGACGCAGUGUGGACGGACUUCCUAUUCCCGAUCACUAUAUUUAGAGGACUAUUUGGGACAAUGGAGUCCCACAUUGCUAUAAUGAUCAUCCAUAUUUACACAGAGACUGCCAUUGGAAUAUUGGGCAUCAUCUUUUUCCCAAGCCAGAUUGUUUCUAUCUUCAAAGGUGUGACUCUCUUUGAAAUGAUGAAAGGUGUUUCAGUCCUGAACACUAAUUCCGUUAAUGCUAAUUUUGUGUCAGUGUUUGGUAAUUUUUGGGCCCUUAACUUUAUAUUUCCUAUGACAUUUAUUUAUCGUCAGAAAGAUGGAACUAGCUGGAAAGGAGUCAAAUUCAACUAUAACUUUAAACAAAGGACAUGAUUCAGUGCCAUUA